UGACGUGACGGCGUACAUCGUGACGAACGUGAUCUCCAUCACUGACGGCCAGAUCUAUCUCGAUACGAAGCUUUUCACCGGUGGCCAGCGGCCCGCAGUGAACAUUGGUCUCUCCGUGUCGCGCGUGGGUUCGUCCGCUCAGAACGUGGCGAUGAAGGGUGUUGCUGGUAAACUGAAGGGUAUUCUUGCCGAGUACCGCAAGCUGGCCGCCGACUCUGUGGGCGGGCAGCAGGUGCAGACGAUCCCCAUGAUCCGUGGUGCACGCUUCGUUGCGCUGUUCAAUCAGAAGCAACCGUCGUACUUCAUGAGCGCCAUCGUAUCACUGUAUGCGUGCCUGAAUGGCUACCUGGACGAUGUGAAGGUGCAAUACGUGAAGUUCUACGAAUACCUGCUGGUGCACAAGGACCUGAGCAUCAUGUAUGGAUCGGCGAAGAACAAGUUUUUCUACAUGUACAUGCACGAACUGAACUAUCUGAUCCGUUUCUUUACCCUAAAUAGCCCUGUCCUACACGACGAGCUUGAGGAGAUGCUGAAGCAGCACACACAGCUUUUCCUGCAACACUACCAGUCAAAGAUGAAUGCAAUAAAGAGCGAAAAGGAGGUGAAGGCGCUGAAGAACCUAUUGUAUUCCUGCAAGCGCGCUGUAUAG